AUGGGCUGGGCGCCCAGGUGGCUGCGCGGGCUGCUCGGCGGCGGCAGGAAGGGCGCCGAGACAAAGCCGGUGAAGGAGAAGAAGCGUUGGGGAUUCGGAAAGUCCUUCCGGGAAAAGCCCCCCGCUCCAGCGCCGGCGCGGCCUCCGACGCCUCCGGUGCAGCCCACGGCGACGCCUCGCCGGGGGUAUGUGGCGGCGCCGGAUGAGGCGGACGACGAGCAGAGCAAGCGUGCUAUCGCGGUGGCCGCGGCGACGGCGGCCGUGGCAGAGGCCGCCGUCGCUGCCGCCCAGGCGGCCGCCGCCGUGGUGCGGUUGACGAGCAGCGGGCGGUGCGCGCCGGCCGCCGCCACGAAGCGGGAGGAGUGGGCGGCUGUUCGGAUCCAGGCCGCUUUCCGUGGCUACCUGGCGAGGCGAGCGCUGAAGGCGUUGCGGGGGCUGGUGAAGCUGCAGGCGCUGGUCCGGGGCAACAUUGUGCGGCGGCAGGCGGCGGAGACGCUGCGAUGCAUGCACGCGCUCGCUCGCGUCCAGGCGCGCGCUCGCGCUUGUCGCGCAAUUCGCUCGCAGCAUGUCGCGGCUCAUCCGGAUCCACCAACGCCGGAGAAGUACGAUCAGGCGGGUGCGCCCAGGCACGGCCGUUCCGGCUCUCUGAAGGCAAACGCUUCGAAGACACCGGGCGGCGACAGGCUGGGCAGGGAGAGGUCGGAAUCUUGCGGGAGGAACUGGCUGGACCGCUGGGUGGAGGAGAGGUACAUGGACGACGAGAAGAACGCCAAGAUCCUCGAAGUGGACAACGGCAAGCCAGGGCGGUAUGCUUCCAAGAGGCGCGGCGGCGGCGGCAACCAUCAUCACCAGUCGCCGUGCUCGACGAUGACCUCUGACCAGAACAGCCGGAGCUACGCGACCAUGCCGGAGUCCCCGUCCAAGGACUCCACGACCGCGCAGCAGUCGGUGCCGAGCCCGUCGUCGGUCGGCAUGGGCGAGGCCCUGAGCCCGCUGCGCAUGCCCGUGGACAUCGCCGAGCUCUGCGACAGCCCUCAGUUCUUCUCGGCGACGUCGCGGCCCGGGAGCUCGAGGAGAGGCCCGUUCACACCGACCAAGAGCGAGUGCUCGCGCAGCCUCUUCGGUGGCUACUCCGACUACCCCAACUACAUGGCGAACACCGAGUCGUUCCGCGCCAAGGCGCGUUCCCAGAGCGCGCCUAAGCAGAGGCCGCAGUACGAGAAGUCCAGCUCCCUCCGCAAGGCGUCGGCGCACGCCUUCGGGAUGGGGCCGUGCGCGCCGACGGCCGGGGCGGCGUCGGCGGCGCAGAGGUCGGCGGCCUCACUGCACGCCAAGUUCACCAACAAGGCGUAUCCGGGCUCUGGCAGAUUGGAUCGACUUGGCAUGCCGGUCAGGUACUGA